AUGGAGGCCCACCAACACUCCCCAGAUAGCAGCAGUGAGGAGUGCACCGUCCUGGAGGCUCCGCCUGGCAAAAACGCCUGCCAGCAGCAUGCAGGGAAGGUGACAGAGCUGUACUGUUCGGUGUGUGAGUGUGCAGUGUGUGAGGACUGUGUGGCGGGGGGCCAUGGCGAACACCCCAAUGUGCCCCUGAGCCAGGCCUUGGCACAGCACCGCAGCGCCCUGCAGGAGAGGCUGGGGACUGUCCAGAACAGACUUCCACAGAUUUCAGACGCCCUGACUUUUGUUAAAGAGAUCCUCCAACAGCUGACCAAUCAGAGGGCUUCCAUUGAGGAGGACAUCCAGUCGAGCUUUGAAGAUCUGCACAAACAGCUGGAUGUCAGGAAGAGCGUUCUGCUGAUGGAGCUGGAGGUCACCUAUGGACUCAAACAGAAGGUUCUUCAGGCCCAGGUGGAGAGCCUUCUCCGGGGUCAGGGGGAGAUGACGGCCAGCUGUUCCCAGACAGAGGAGGCCCUGGGCGAGGAGGCGUGCGCGGCGAACCUGCAGGCAGAGCGGGACCUGGGGGAGCGGCUGGGGGAGCUGGCCAGCUAUGGCCUGCCCUGCCAGCCGGAGGAGAACGACCAGCUGGACCUGUUGAUGGAGACAGACGGGCUGAGGAAGUCCAUUCACAACCUGGGGACCAUCGUCACAACCAGUGCGGUGGCGAGCCAGAGUGAGGCCAUGGGGGCAGGCCUGGAGCAGUGCGUUGUGGGACAUCCAGCAUCUGUCACAAUAGUGACCAGAGACAAGGCAGGGGGAGCCUGCAAGAGCGGCAACGCUAUUCUGUCGGCCGAGGUGUUUACUCCAGAUGGCAGUAUAGUGGACGGAGAGAUAGUGGACCAUAAGAAUGGAACUUACGAGUUUGUGUACAUAGUGCCAAAGGAGGGCGACUUCUCGUUGGCUCUGAGGUUGUAUGACCAGCACAUCAAAGGAAGUCCUUUCAAACUGACGGUCACCAGGGUCUCGGAGACAGAAGUAGAGGUGUCUCCCUCCACCACCACAGCCACCAACUCAGCAGCCAACGCCACCCCAUCCACCGGCUCCUCUGAAGGGGCCAAGAGACGAGGGAAGUCUCCGGGCCAGAAGAAGAAGGGCUCCAAGAGGACAAGCAGCGCCCUGGGAACCCCUCGACGUAAAACCCAGAACCCCAUCGAGGACGACCUCAUCUUCAGGAUCGGAACGAAGGGGAGGAACAAAGGAGAGUUCACCAACCUUCAAGGAGUCGCUGCCUCCUCCACUGGCAGGAUACUGAUUGCCGACAGCAACAAUCAGUGUGUCCAGAUUUUCUCCAACGAGGGGGAGUUCAAGAGUCGGUUCGGGGUCCGGGGUCGGUCACCGGGGCAGCUGCAGCGUCCCACAGGCGUGGCUGUGCACCCCAGUGGUGACAUCAUCAUCGCCGACUAUGACAACAAAUGGGUCAGCAUCUUCUCCUGCGAGGGCAAGUUCAAGGCGAAGCUGGGCUCUGGUAGGCUGAUGGGGCCAAAGGGCGUGUCCGUGGACCAGAACGGUCAUGUGAUCGUCGUCGACAACAAGGCGUGCACCGUCUUCAUCUUCCAGCCGACCGGCAAGCUCAUCACUAAAUUUGGUAGUCGUGGCAACGGGGACAAGCAGUUUGCAGGUCCCCACUUUGCGGCCGUGAACAACAACAAUGAGAUCAUCGUGACUGACUUUCAUAACCACUCUGUUAAGGUCUUCACCCCAGAGGGAGAGCUGGUGUUGAAGUUCGGGUCUAACGGUGAGGGAAACGGUCAGUUCAAUGCCCCGACUGGAGUGGCCGUUGACGUCAAUGGGAACAUCAUCGUGGCUGACUGGGGCAACAGCAGAAUACAGGUGUUUGAUGGUAGUGGUUCCUUCCUCUCUUACAUCAACACGUCCGCUGACCCUCUUUAUGGACCGCAGGGUUUGGCCCUGACCUCAGACGGACACGUGGUAGUGGCAGACUCUGGCAACCACUGCUUCAAAGUCUACCGCUACCUGCAAUGAUGGGGGCAUGAAUGGAGAGAUGAAGGAGAGGUAGGAGAGAUGGACGGAUUGGACUAACUGAGGGAGAGGAGAGAUUGGCGCACAGUGCCAUAUUCUAGGAACUAUUGCAUGAACGUCUACAGCUGCCUGCAGCGAUGGAGGUAUGGAUGGAAAGAGGGGAGAAAAAGGCAAUGCACAGAGGUGAAGAGAAAACAGAGGGAUUUGGCUGAGUUGGCAUCAUCACAUCAUGAGAACCACAGCGGAAAUAGGACUUUAUUACGACAUCCUUGAUGACUUCAUUUAUGCUUAAUGUGGUUUUAAAGUUGUGGAAUAAAUAAAAUCAAGAACAGAAAAUGCAAAGGGAAAGGUCAGAUGGAUUUAGGAUGCUAAUUUCAGAGCCACUUCCUUUUAAAGUCUACAGGUACCUGCAAUGAUGGAUAGAUGGUUGGUGAAAGAAUCUUAAGUGGUGAAGGAAGUGAUAGACAGUGCGAUUGGGGAAGUAGAAGGUGUGAAGGAAUGGACACAGGGAUAUGCAGCCAACCUUUUCUCAGAAUCUGCUGUCAUCACACAAUGAUGAUGAGAGAUACAAGGAGAAUGGACAAGAAUGAAGGGAAAUGCAACAAGAGAGAUAGAAGGAAAAUGGUCAAGAAUGAAGGGAGAUGUGAGAAUGGAGGAAAAAGAAGAAGUGCAACGAUGGAUGCAUGAUGUCAAAUUCUAGAAAUCCCCCUUUCUCACAAUCUAGCAGUGGCAGAAUGAUGGAGAUCUGGUGGAAAAAGGAAAAGUGCCAAGAAAAGGAAGGAAGGACAGGUGAAAGACUGGAGGACAGGAAGAGGAUAACAAGACAACUGAUGCCAAACUUAAAAAAAAAAUCACUGCUUAGACACCUGCAAUGGAAUGAUGCAUAGAAUAUAAAGAAAUAAAAGAAGCAUUAGAUGAGUAAAUGAAUAAAGAGUGAAACUGUGAAGAGAAUAGAUGAGAAGAUUAAACAAAUUGUCACAUAUGCUCUGCCUUCUCAUAUUAUAUGUAAUACCCAAACUAUGGGGUUGUCUAAAUGGGCAAUGAGUUAAGAGGUCUACGUUUUGGUUUGAGAUUAUUUAGUCCUCCUGGCCCAUCCAACUAAUUUCUUCUAUGGUUUUUGUAUAGUAGGCAAUAUUUGGUAACCAAUAUCAACUAAUAUUUUGUAGCUAACAUUGCCUCUGAUGUUUGGUAGCUAAAUGUCAACUCUAACAGUUGGUAGCUUACCUACCAAUUAUUAGAACUUGUCAGGGUGCCUUUGAGCAAAGAGAGCAAACGUGCUCAGAAAACCUUCCCUGGGUGUAUUGUUUUUGCUGGAAUUGGUGGCAUUUUUCUUUCUCAAACUGGCAAAUCUCCAAUAACCAUGAUAUCAGCCUGAGACAUGGAUUGCUUUUAACCCAUUGUCCAUUGUUUGUAUAUUAGGACUGUCUGAAUAUGGAAUGUUUUAUUCUGUUUCAAGGAUGCAAUCAUGGCAUAUUCUAGUAUUCUUUCUAAGUCUUAGGCAGUAGAGUCAUUAUUAGAGAUGAUUGCUUGACUUUGAUUGAUUGAUUGUCUGAAUGACUGAUUGACUGAUGAAUUUGGUUGAUUGAUACAGUAGCUUUGAUGAGCAGCAUCAUGCAUCUAUGCUUGGUUUGAGUAUUAAUCUAUUUUUUCCUGAGAUACUCUGUUGCAAGGUGAAAAAAAUCUAUAAAUUUAUCCUAUAUAUUUGUGAAAAUACAUUUAUUAAUAUCAUGAAUAAUGUUUGCAGAUCAAAAUAAUUGACAUAUUUGGAAUCAGCAAUGUUUUAACAUACUCUUGUCUUUGCCUGUCAUCUCAGUAACAGAAUCAAAAAGCCAAGUUAGAAUGUUUCUCGACAUUCUAGACAUUCAUUUCUGGACAUAAUCUAGAAUGUUUCGACUCGUUCUGCAUUAUCCUCGUGGAUUCUAUAAAGUUUCAAUUGGUUCUGCGUUAUUCCCUUGGAUUCUAGAACUUUUGAUUCGUUCUGCAUUAUACCCAUGGAUUUUAGAACAUUUUGACUCGUUCUGCGUUAUCCCCGUGGAUUCUAGAACGUUUCAAUUCAUUCUGUGUUAUUCCCUUGGAUUCUAGAACAUUUCGAUUCAUUUUGCAUUAUCCCCGAGGAUUCUAGAAUGUUUCGAUUCAUUCUGCAUUAUCCUCGUGGAUUCUAGAACUUUUCAAUUAGUUCUGCAUUAUUCCCUUGGAUUCUAGAAUGUUUCGAAUCAUUCUGCAUUAUCCCCAAGGAUUCUAGAAUGCCAUCCGAAUUUCUCAAAGUGCUGUUACUCACCAGUACAAUUCUAGAUGUUCUGUCAUCAUCCACGUAAGGAUACCUCAGUGUUCUAGAAGCAUGCCUCUGUAUUAUGUGAUUGUUACUGCUGACAUCAAACAAACCACUCCUGUUUUCAACUUAGAGUAAGUUUCCAUUCGACAAACAGUACAACCAAGUAGAGCUACAGUAAACUUACAGUCAACGGUACCUGUCAAACAAAAGCACUUCAAAGUGAAAAAUUGCAAAGCAUUUACGUAUUAUUUUAAGAAAAGUGCUAUAUGGUUUUUUUUUUUUUUUAUAUUACUAUCAUCAUUAUCAUCCUUAGCAAACUGAAAAGCAUUUACUGCAGUCCUUAAACAGUUAUUUGAAUUCACAAGAAUAGAAAACAAUUUAGCAAAGUUACUCUGAGUAAAAUUCAACACCAUCAACAAUAAUAUCAAACAUCUUUACUAGUACAGUCAAUGCUGCUGCUACCGUAUUCCAAGCAGUUCAUCUACAGAUAGUUUUCUAUCAGUCAUCACUGAAGCGAGAAGAGAAACAAUAAUUUAAGAGUAAUCCCAAGCCCCAAACCCAUAUCUCUGUGAAACAACAAAUCGUCCAAUAAAUCCAUCAAUCAAUCAUAUGCGUAAGGGAUGUGGAACCAUGUGCCACGGAGAAGAUUUUCAUUCCGACCAAAAACUCCACAAGGUGAUUUCACUGAUCACCUCACCUUCAAGCAGAGAGGAGGGAUUAUUCAGUUAGCUAACGUUCACUGAUAGUAAUAAUAUUAAACUAGCAUACCUAAAAACAAACAUGCCCCUCACUUGGAUUUGAACUCCGGUUGGCAGAGGAAAAAGGCAUGUUGACUGACUCGUCCACCAGCCCACCAACCUCUGCCAUGGACUUUGUCACUCUCUCAAUACUACACCACAGUGUCAUGUUUCACAGGGCCACUAGAGGUCGCUUAACUUUAAAACGUAGCUAUAGGUCAUAAUAAGCUGCCAUAUAAACUACCAGUGGGGCCAUUUUUUGCCGGCGGAUGGUCUCCUUUGAGGCCGUGGCGUCUCAUGGUGAAAGUACUUAAAUGGUCACCUCCCAUUGGCUGGUCUUCGGUGUCAGGUGGCAUCACCCUCUGUUAAAACAGGUGGCGACAUCACCUGGCACUUAAGAUCAGUAUUUUUACAAUUAGAUGUCAAGCUUCACACAGAUUUGUGUUUGGGGUUUGGCUACUCUUCAACAACUCAUACAUUCUAUGUUCAAAAUUCAUCAAGCAUUUCA